AAUUGACAUUAAAAAAAAAAAAAAAACAAGAAACGGCGCAAAUAACUUAAGUUAACAACAACAACAAACAAUAAAAGCCAAGUAAUUAAAAGUGUGAAUUUGUGAAAUGAUGCGACUUGUUAAACGCCUCUGCCUAUAAUUUAUGUACAGCAUAAUUUUUGCUCAUGCAUAUGUACCUAUGAAAUAUGCAAGAAAAGUUAAUGAACUAUGUAAUGCUGCCAAACUACGUGCCAUACCGUAUAUAUGUUCAUACCUAUAUCCGUAUACAGUUCACACAUAGAUUUAAUAUAUUUUGAUUUCAACGUUAACGGAAAUAAGUUUACGCCUUUAAAUAGUCAUUUGCGUGUACAUGAAUUUGUGUGAAUAUGUGACGCGGUUUUUUUUCAUCAUUUUUUUCUUUCAUGCAAGAUAUUCUGUCUGCUCUUUGUGUUUGGAUGCUUUAUAUAUAUCAUACACAGGCUUGCUAAACAAACUGACACGAACAGUCAUAAUAUCAUCGCCGUCCUCUGUAUGCUAGACUUCAAUAUAUAUAUUAGUACAUAUAUAUAUAUAUAUAUAUUUGCAUAUAUAAAUAUAUGUAUAUGCAUACAUAUAUAUACACAUAUGUACACACAUAUAGAAAGUGUAGAUAUAUGCAAAGACAUAUUCCAUAAAUUGCAUAAAAAGUUUUCCAUUCAUUCGGUAGUCGAAAGAUUUGAGUUCUACAUUAUCAUCUAGGCGUCAACUGUACGUGGACAUAGUUUCGUUUCUUUUGGCUUCGUUUCAUUCUCUCGUUCUUCAUUUCGUUUUCAUUUUCGUUUUUAUAUAUAUAUUUUGCAUCAGUGUCAGUAGACAUUUUCGCAUUUCACACCACGAUUACCAGUCAAGGCCUGACGCUGCUGCGCUUGUUAGGGGCGGGAAGUGUAAAACAAACGAUGGAGUAGAGCCGGGAGACACUGAAUAUCCGGGAUUUCCUGUAAAGCAACAUUCGGAGUAGAGAUGUGCAUAAGUUUGUCGUUUUCUUUUUUUCUUUUUUUUUUUUUUUUUUGUUGCUUUUUUUUGUUUUAUAUCAACUAUAAGUAGAGCAUUGGCGUACAAAAAUAAGUAAGAAAAAGAGAAAAAGAAAAACAAAAAAAACCAAAAACAAACAAAAAGCAAAAAACAAAAAACAAAAAUAAACGCCAGCACAAACAGCAAAUCAACAUCUGCAGCAACAGCCAUAACAACUAGCGCAUCAUCAUGACACAUUGGCUGUUGAAUUUAUUGACGCUACUUAUGUAUGCGGCAUUAUUGGAAGGCGCUUCGAAACGUUUCUUUACUGAUUUUCUGCAAGAUUUACCAACACCAGGCACUGGUGGUCCCACCUUUGACACCACCGUAUCAUCGAAUAUAACCGGUCUCGUAGGAAAGACAGUUAAGCUAACAUGUCGUGUGAAAAACUUGGGCAACAGAACGGUUUCUUGGGUGAGACAUCGCGACAUUCAUUUACUUACAGUUGGUCGUUAUACGUACACGUCGGAUCAACGAUUCGAAGCAAUGCAUUCGCCACACGCUGAAGAUUGGACGUUACGUAUACGAUACGCUCAACGUAAAGAUUCCGGCACAUACGAAUGUCAGAUUUCAACCACACCACCGAUUGGUCAUUCCGUUUAUCUCAAUAUUGUCGAACCAGUAACAGAAAUAAUUGGAGGACCAGAGUUGCACAUUAAUAAAGGUUCCACAAUAAAUUUAACUUGUAUAGUCAAGUUUGCACCGGAGCCACCACCUACAGUUAUAUGGUCACAUAAUCGACAAGUAAUAAAUUUCGAUUCACCACGAGGCGGCAUAUCAUUAGUUACUGAGAAAGGUAUAUUAACUACGAGUCGUCUAUUAGUGCAGAAAGCCAUACAAUCUGACUCGGGUUUUUACACGUGUACGCCUUCAAAUGCAAAUCCGACUACAGUUCGAGUACAUAUCGUUGAUGGUGAACAUCCUGCGGCUAUGCAUCAUGGUGGUGCGAUUCAGUUGCAAGUACCCUCUUGUCUUUUGAUGCUUGGUCUAACAUUCGGUAUACUGACAUUACAUUAUUAUCGUCAACAAAGCAAUUUACUACAACGUAUACGUUGGCGCAAGGGGACCAUUAAAAGUAUAAUAACCAUUAAACGGCAACGGCAACGGCAACGACAACGACAACGGCAACGGCAACGGCAACAACUACAGCAAAACCAUUUAGACAAACAACAACGUAACAGUAACAGUAAUUGCUUUGAUACUAAACGGACGCAACCCUGUUUACUAGGGCAUCGAACAAAUCUUGAAUUGCCCGUAACAUAACCAUUAAAUGGUUUUUGAAUAUAAGCAAUAAAACAAACACAAACACACAAACACGCAAACACACACACACACACAUACAAACACACACAUAUACAGAAAGAAAAACAAAAACCAGCCAACUAACCAACCCAACCAAAAAGUAAUUUCGGAAUGUAAAGAAACCACAUACGGCAACCAUAACAGCCGUAAAAGACAAAACGAACUGAAUGAAAAAUUAAAUUAAAUUAAAUUAAAUUAAC